AUGCCCUACCUCUAUCGGGCCGCAGGGCCCCAGAAGCUCCCAGUUCCCAAGGACGCCCGCACCACCCACUCCUCAGGCCAGAGCUUCGAGCAGCUGAGGCAGGAGUGCGUGCAGAAAGGCAUCCUGUUUGAGGACCCAGACUUCCCAGCCAACAGCUCCUCUCUCUUCUACAGCGAGAGGCCCCAGAUCCCCUUCGUGUGGAAACGGCCAGGGGAAAUAGUGGAAAACCCAGAAUUCAUUCUUGGAGGGGCCACCAGGACAGACAUCUGCCAGGGGGAGCUGGGCGACUGCUGGCUAUUAGCUGCCAUUGCCUCCCUGACGCUUAAUGAAAAAGCUCUGGCUCGAGUCGUCCCCCAGGACCAGAGCUUCGGGCCCGGUUAUGCUGGAAUAUUCCACUUCCAGUUCUGGCAGCACAGCGAAUGGCUGGAUGUGGUCAUCGAUGACCGACUGCCCACCUUCAGGGACCGCCUGAUCUUCCUCCACUCCGCCGACCACAGAGAGUUCUGGAGUGCCCUGCUGGAAAAAGCCUACGCCAAGCUGAGCGGUAGCUAUGAGGCUCUGAAGGGAGGCAGCGCCAUCGAAGCGAUGGAAGACUUCACCGGGGGUGUAGCAGAGACCUUCACAACUAAAGAGGCUCCAGAGAACUUCUAUGAGAUUCUAGAGAAGGCCUUGAAGAGGGGCUCUCUUGUGGGCUGCUCCAUUGAUAUCCGAAAUGCUACUGAAUCUGAAGCCCGGACACCGUUUGGUCUCAUUAAGGGCCAUGCCUACAGUGUGACAGGAAUUGACCAGGUAAACUUCCAAGGCCAGAAAAUGGAGCUCAUCAGAGUCCGGAAUCCUUGGGGCCAGGUUGAGUGGAACGGGUCUUGGAGUGACAGUUCCCCCGAGUGGCUCUCCGUUGGACCAACUGAGCAGAAGCGCCUGUGUCACACGACUCUUGACGACGGGGAAUUCUGGCAGAGCCCCAGCAAAGAUGAACACCUGAACAAAGACUUCUUCAAGUACCACGCUUCCCAGGCCAGAAGCAAAACGUUCAUCAACCUGAGAGAAGUCUCAGACCGCUUCCAGCUGCCCCCAGGGGAGUACAUCCUGAUUCCCAGCACUUUUGAGCCCCAUCAGGAAGCUGAUUUCUGCCUGAGGAUCUUUACGGAGAAGAAAAUUAUCACCCAAGACAUGGAUGGAGAUGUGAACAUUGACCUUCACGAGCCCCCAAAGCCGACUCCAGCUGGCCAGGAGACAGAGGAGGAACUGCAGUUCCGGGCCUUGUUUGAACGAGUUGCCGGUGAGGACAUGGAGGUGACCGCAGAGAAACUGGAAUAUGUUUUAAAUGCUGUGCUGGAAAAGAAAAAGGACAUCAAAUUCAAGAAGCUGAGCCUGAUUUCCUGUAAAAACAUCAUUUCUCUAAUGGACGCCAACGGCAACGGGAAGCUGGAGUUCAGGGAGUUCAAAGUGUUCUGGGACCAGCUGAAGAAGUGGACAAAUCUGUUCCUUCAGUUUGAUGCUGACAAGUCUGGUACCAUGUCCUCCUAUGAGCUGCGGAACGCCCUGAAAGCCGCAGGCUUCCAGCUAAGCCGCCACCUCCUGCAGCUGAUUGUCCUCAGGUACGCGGACGCGGAGCUCCAGUUGGGCUUCGAUGACUUUCUCAACUGCCUGGUCCGACUGGAGAACGCAAGCCGGGUGUUCCAGGCGCUCAGCACGAAGAACACAGAGUGCGUUCAUCUCAACAUAAACGAGUUCAUCAGCUUGACAAUGAACAUCUGAGGCGUCCCUGGCAAGACCGCAGUCUGUCCGGCUGAGCCUUGACUUCUGGACCAUGAGCUUCAGAACACGUCUCCUCCCCUUAUGCAAGCUUCUCCUUCCCCUGCCCCACCAUCCUGAUCUUGGAAGAAUGAAACGGACUCAGCCCUGACCUUUGAUUUUAUGCUAUUUCUUUGUACAAUCACUUCCUCGAGAUGUCUGGUGCCACCACCGGUGCCUUACCCCCAGGGUCAGGCAUUGCGUCCUCCCCGCUUCCCCACUUCUUCCCACCACUAGUUAUCCUGGCUUCAGGGGAGCAUCAAUCAUUAUACUCAAACAUCCUAUACAGGA